CAAUCAACAACAUCUUACACACUAUGGAAAAGACGAACGGUGCAAGUGGUGAUGCUGCCAUCUUGCAGGAAAUCCUAGCUAGUCUCAAGACCAUCCAACAGGAGAACACUCAUCUUGCUGCCGCUGUUGAUGCCAUCAAUGGCCGAGUCAAUAUUCUUGCUGGUGUCAAGCAAGUAAAGGACAUGACUGUAGACCCUACGGCCGUGGAACACAACAGGCAGCCUCCAGCGGAUCCCGUUGCUCCCUCUCUCAAUGAGAAUACACCCUCGAGUCCCGAUCUGUCUGCUGUGCCAGGAUCCGGUCGUAGAUCGAGUAUGACCUCCAAGAUCAUCCUUACCUCAUACCCAGGCCAGGCCGGUGUUGACCCCCUACCUAUGGAUUGGGGCAACAAGGACCCAUCUCUUCGAGGUCCUGUGGUUGUUUCAAGGAAUCCAAGUUCGAUUCGUAGACGCAAUGCUAUUGGUGCACAUGGUGGCUCCUACGCGAUAUAUAAUGCACUCGCCGUAGCGAGCAAGAACCUUAAUACCGAUCACCGUCCGGAUUUCACAAACACCGAGCCGGCAGCCAAUAUUGGACCUUUCCCUCAAUGGUCCGAUCCCAAGAAGAUCGUUGCCAUGGAUCCGCUUGGCCAUCUUUCCCCUUGGCUUUUUAAGGAUAUCAUUCAAAAGGAAGACGUCGAUAUCCGACCUACGAUCGCGAUCACCAAAGCACACAUGAAGGUUCCCGAACUCGAGGAAAGUGUCAAGGCCGGCAGAUUGGUACCAGAUGGCAAGAUUUGCCUCAACGCAACUGGCGAGCUCGCAGUCACGAAGUUCGCAGUGGAGCCAGUCUGGUACCUGCCUGGAGUCGCGGAGCGAUUUGGUAUCGAUGAAGGCACUCUGAGACGUUCUCUUUUCGAGCACACCGGAGGAUCAUAUCCCGAGCUCAUCACGCGAGGAGACAUCAAGACCUUCCUGCCUCCCAUCGGAGGAUUGACUGUUUACUGCUUUGGUGAUCCUGGGAAGAUGUCUGAUCCUAACGUAAAGCUCGCCCUACGCAUCCAUGAUGAAUGCAAUGGUUCAGACGUGUUCGGUUCAGACAUCUGUACAUGCAGGCCUUACCUGACAUUCGGUAUCGAGGAAGCAGUUAAAGAAGCACAGAAGGGUGGAUCAGGGGUUGUCAUAUAUUUUAGAAAAGAGGGCAGAGCUCUUGGAGAGGUCACGAAAUAUCUUGUAUACAAUGCAAGGAAACGUGGUGCCGAUCGCGCAAGCGAAUACUUCAAGCGCACGGAAAACAUCGCCGGAGUCAAGGACAUGCGCUUUCAAGCACUCAUGCCCGACAUCUUACAUUGGCUCGGUAUCACCAAGAUUGAUAGAAUGAUGUGUUGGUGUGAAGGAGAUGUUGACAAAAUCCCGCCAAGCCUCAAGCUGCGAAUUGAGUCCCCUCCAAUUUAUUACACCCUCGGUCAUGAUGCCAUCGUUGAACAAGGCAUUCCAAUUCACGAGCGAGUUGAACUGCCCGACGAAAUGAUUCCUGCCGACAGCAGAGUAGAAAUUGAUGCCAAGAUAGCUGCAGGUUAUUUCACCAAUGGCAAUGUGAUGACGAUGGACGAGCUGUCAAAUGUCCAGGGUCGCGCUUGGGAGGAUGUC